AGAGAUGGCGCUCGUUACAGCGGUCUUGCAAGUGUUCUGAUAAACCUGUUGGACAGACUGGACAACAGCUUAUAUUUGAAUGUUCCUUUGGUUGUUGGUUCAAUCAAGUCUAUCAGACCACAGGUCAUUCCAACACUGGUAGGUCAAAUCUAAAGAUCCAUGUAUUAUAGUUUUUUUUUUAAUUAACAACCAUGUGCGAUAAAAUAUUCGAAAAGAAUUUAAGUUAAUUAUAUUUGAAUAGAUUUUAAAAGGUUACGUUCAUUUAGAAAGGUUAUAAUAUUAAGUUAAUAUUCUUUAAAAAAGAACAACAAAAAAAAAACAAAAAAAACACAUUUGUUCUGGUAAAUUUUGAAGUGAAAUGCCCAAAUAUUUUUUCUAAAAUACAAAAGUAUUAAUAUGUGAGUCAUGGCAGCGCCAGGUAUAUCGAUAACGGACUAUGAAGCAUAUUUUUAAAAAAAAAAUAGAGAUCAGUUGAUUGACAAAAAAUAUAUUAUUUUAGUUGCUCUUCACUCUUAUGUUAAGCAUUAAAAUGUGAAUAGUUCUGGACAAUACAUCUCAUCGGAUCAAUAGGUAACUAUUCAUCACUAUAUGACUAUCAAUACACAACUCUUCAUCAAUAUACCAUAGGAUCAAUACACAACUCUUCAUCGGUAUACCAUAGGGUCAAUACACAACUCUUCAUCAGUAUCCCAUAGGAUCAAUAGUUAACUUCUCAUCAAUAUCCCAUUUGAUCAAUACUUAAUUAAUCAUCAAUAUCCCUUAGGAUCAAUACAGAACUCUUCACCAGGUCUUGAAAAUGUACGUGGGAUAG